UUUAUUGAAACCAAUAAGAAAAUUAUUAAAAAUCUAUGCGUAGUUAGUAGCCUUUUCGUGAAUCCCAAAACGGUUUGUUCAUAUCCAUACCAUGGCCACUUUGUUCAUCAUCUAUUUUCUCUUCAUGUCUCAAAUUUCGUCUUCAUACUCAUCAGAUACUCUAAAUGAAGGGUCAUCUCUCUCAGUAGAGAGACCAGACCAAGUUUUAACUUCAUUAAACAAAGUUUUCGCAGCUGGCUUCUUCCCUGUUGGUGUGAACUCCUAUUACUUCAGUAUAUGGUUUAAUGAGCCCAACUCUGAUCAGCUUAAUCGCACCAUAGUUUGGAUAGCGAACCGUGAUCGACCCGUCAAUGGAAAACGCUCCAAGUUGAGCCUUUUGAAAACUGGUAAUCUUAUACUAACAGACGCUAGUUUGAUCACAGUUUGGAAUACAGAUACUACGUCAAGUUCACAAACCAAGUUGAAGCUCUUUAACUCUGGCAACCUUGUUUUAAUUGCUUCUGACGGUGUCGUUUUAUGGCAAAGCUUCGAUCACCCAACUGACACUAUUCUUCAGGAGCAAGCACUCGCUAAAGACACUAAGCUUGUUUCUUCAAGAAGCCAGGGAAAUUUCUCGUCUGGUUUUUAUAGGCUUUUCUUUGAUAAUGACAACCUUCUUCGUUUGGCUUAUAAUGGGUUUCAGCUUUCUAGUGUUUACUGGCCACCACCUUGGCUGGUAAGCUGGGAAGCUGGGAGGUCUUCGUAUAACAACAGUAAAAUCGCUGUGCUCGAUUCCUUGGGCAAUUUCAGUUCAUCUGAUGAUUUUACAUUUAUAUCAGCAGACUAUGGUGGCAGCACUCAAAGAAGAUUAAAGAUCGAUUAUGAUGGAAAUCUGAGGUUAUACACUCGACGUAAUUCGAGCGAGAAACGUUGGGUUGUCUCGUGGCAAGCAUUUUCAGAUCCUUGCAAGAUUCAUGGCCACUGUGGACUUAAUAGCCUAUGUAGCUAUGAUAUUGUUUCUGGUAUGGUGUGCUCUUGCAUUCCAGGACAUAAAAUGAGAAAUUCUUCUGAUUGGUCUUAUGGGUGUGAACCAGAAUUCAAACUCACUUGCCUGAAAAAUGAGUCCAAUUUUAUGAAGCUAUUGAAUACAGAGUUCUACGGGUAUGACUAUGGAUUUUUUCCCAAUUACACAUUCUCGGCAUGCCGAGAUUUAUGCUUGCAAUUGUGUAAUUGUGUUGGAUUUCAGUACUCAUAUUUUUUUGCUAAAGAUAAGGUUGGCUUCAACUGUUACCCAAAGGUGUUACUGGUUAAUGGAUACAAAACACCCAUGUUUUUUGGAGACUUCUACUUGAGGUUUCCUAGAAACUACUCCUUCUCUGCAUUGCCUAGAUUUGGUUUGACUUGCUCCAACAAACUUAAUAGUACUAUACUUAUGCCAACUAAGUAUUUUCAAAGACAAGAGAAGGAGUUGGCGACAUUCAUACUUUGGUUUAUAUGUGGAGUUGGAAUAUUUGAGAUCAUGUGUGUUUUGUUGGUGUGGUACUUCUUGUUCACUAGAAGCCAGAAAAAUUCAAGUACACAUACAAGAGAAUACCUCCUAGCAGCGGCUAGGUUUAAACGAUUUAGCUUUCCUGAGCUUAAGAAGGCAACUCAGAACUUUUCAAAAGAGAUUGGAAGAGGUUCCAGUGGAAUUGUUUUCAAAGGUGUCCUAUCGGAUUCUCGAGUCGCAGCGAUCAAAAGACUCAAUAAUGAAGCUAAUUGCCAAGGAGAAGCUGAGUUUCUAACAGAAGUCAACAUCAUUGGGAGAGUGAACCACAUGAACUUGAUAGCGAUGUUGGGGUACUGCGUAGAAGGAAGGCAUAGGCUUUUAGUGUAUGAAUAUCUGGAACAUGGUUCCCUCACAGAAAAUCUAUCUAGAAAUGAUUAUGCUCUUAGUUGGAAAACAAGGUUUGAAAUUGCAUUGGGGACAGCCAAAGGCCUUGCUUAUUUGCAUGAGGAGUGCUUGGAGUGGGUUCUACAUUGUGAUGUCAAGCCUCAAAACAUACUCUUGGGAUCUGAUUUUACACCAAAGGUGGCAGACUUUGGGCUAUCUAAGUUACUAAAUCGAUCAGGAGAGCUAGAAGAUCACCAAUUUUCUAGGAUUAGAGGAACAAGAGGCUACAUGGCUCCCGAGUGGGUUACGAACCAAAUCAUUACAUCCAAAGUGGACGUCUAUAGCUAUGGAAUUGUAGUGCUGGAGAUGUUAACAGGAAAGAACUCAGCAACAUGUAAUGAUCAGGAGAAUAGAUCAGGGCUCGUUAAAUGGGUGAGAGAAAAGGUUUACGAAAGUUCUAAAGUAGCAACAUGGCUAGGAAACAUUAUGGAUCCAUUGAUGGAAAGUGAGUACGACUUGGAAAAAAUGGGAGUUCUAUUGGGAGUAGCACUUAAAUGUGUAGAGGAAAAGAAAGAUGCAAGACCAAGUAUGAGCCAAGUAGUAAAGAUGCUUCAAGAUCACGAUUAACAAAUGUUAUAAUUGUUGUAGUAAAACUGGUUUAUAGUACUUGUGAUAAUUGUGGUGAUAUGAUAUGUUACAUAUGUGUGUAAUAAUUAUGUCAAAGGGCACCUUGCGCACAUCGUGGUUUAGCAUGUGUAUACAUAUAAUGUUGGAUUAAAAAUAUUACCUGGGCACAUAUGUAUAAUGUAUAUGCUAUUAUAAAAUGUGAUACAAAAUUAAGUGAACAAUUAUGUUAUGGGUAUCAAAAGGGUAUUAAAUUGUCAUAGAAAUAAUGGGUAGAUACCAUAUGUUAAUUUAUAAUUUGUUGAGGGGCCAAAUUAUAAAUAUCCAAAACUCAUUAUAUAAUGAGCUGGUCCCCAAGAAAUUUUUGUAUUCUCUCCUUCCCCAUCAGAGAAAAUACUUUAGAAAAUAGUGUAUUAUUGGAAGAUCAAAACCUUCUCUGCAAUCUCCAACAAUGGCUUCAGAUUAGUGUUUUCGCUCAUUUUUUAUCAUAUUUUUCUUCUUUAAUUUAGCAAAGCCUUUAUAGAUUUAUGAUUUAGGGUUUUCUAUAUUAAAGCACUCUUAAGGAAUAUAUUUAGAUCUGUGAUUUAUAUAUUUCUUGAGUGUUUUAUAAAUCCUAACAAGUGGUACCAGAG